AUGAUACAAUGGCCGAUUUUCAGUAUCUGGUGUUUCAAGGCGAUUUCGACUCCGAAAGGCUCCAGAUGUCUGGCUGAACACGAUCAGAAGACAACCUUUCACCCUUCCAGAAACGGAGAAAUGGAAAUCCCAUUCACAAAUGGCAACUGUAAUGCUAUUGAUAAUGACGAUAGUAUUCAUACCACGGAAAAUCUGUCCUGCUUGGACAAUUGGGCGGCAAAGCCUCUCGAACCUUAUUUUACAAGGGCAAAUGGUCGUGGGCAUUCUGGAAACUUCGAUUCGACGAUGCGCUUAAAGGAAUUCGGCUGGAAUAGCUUUCAUUUCGACAAAAAGCGAUCCGCAAAUUGGCCAGACCAAACACCGAAAGAGGAAAGCGACUCAGGGCCUGUCGGAGCUGGAGGAAAUGGUAUCAACGCCUGCUUCGAGCUGGGAUCAAGAAUUGAAGUCUGGAUCAAUUUACAGAUUCACUUCGUUCAGUCAAGCAACAGGCGGUCGGCC